AUGACAACCAUGAGCAACUAGUGUGUAUGUAGUAUUUAUAUACUGCAUUUAGGAUGCUCAUGAACGUAAAGUAUAUUCACUAUCGAAACAUUUUUUUAGAUGUUUAAAUAUCUUUUAAUAAUAGUUUUUAAAUGCUAUUUUUUUCGAUUUUUAUAAAGUUUUAUCUAUUUAAAAAAUAUCAGAUGUUUCAAUUCUUUAUUUAUUAAAGUUUCAUAAUCGUAAACUAUUAUUAUUGUUAAAUUAUAAGUUCAUAUUGUCUUUAAUAUAAUAAUAUAUAUAUUAAAAUAUCUAAUUGCAAUAAAUAAAUGUAGGUGAAAAACUAUAUGUUUAAUUAAAUGAUAAAUUAAAUUGAAAGGUUAAAUUAAAAUUUGGCAUAUAUCCGGUUUAGUUUAGGCGGGAAGAUUACUUCGAGAACUGCGUGUUCUGAUACACACCGAAAUAUAAGAUAUUCACGUAAAAGUAAAAUUUAAGUUAAAAUAAUUACGAAAAAUAUAAAUUUAGUACAAUGCCACCUAAAAUAUCAAAGGAUUAUACAAAAGUUAGGGGUGAGUAUUUAUGUUAUAAACUAACCAUUAAAAAUCUACAACAUAAUAAUUAAAUAGAUUUAACGUAUCGGUUAAUUUUUUUAUUGUAUUAGAACAAUUAAAAACUUUCUUGACGGAGUUCGUGGCAGUGGAUAGUGAAACUGGUGAGAAAACAUUUAAGUACAGGAAACAACUCACUAAUAUUGCUCAUCGUGAACAAGUAGAUUUAGUAAUAGAGUUAGAUGAUAUACAUGACUUUGAUGAUGAAUUAGCAAUAUCCAUUGCAAACAAUACUAGAAGAUACGUCAAUGUACUUUUGGAGCUUAUUCAAGAGAUGUUACCCGAUUUUAAAGAAAAACCUGUACCACCUAAAGAUGCUUUAGAUGUAUAUAUUGAACAUAGAUUAUUAAUGGAAAGUCGUAACAGACAUCUUGGGGAACAACGUGAUCCAAGAAAUAAAUAUGCUCCAGAACUUAUGAGACGCUUUGAAGUGUAUUUCAAGGAUUUUGAGAUAGCAAAAGUGUACUCUGUGAGAGAUAUAAAAGCUGACAAAAUAGGAAAAUUAGUUACAGUGAGAGGUAUAGUAACAAGAUGUAGUGAUGUAAUGCCUUUACUUGUUGUUGCUACAUACACAUGCGAUCAGUGUGGUGCUGAAACAUUCCAACCAGUUCAAUCUCUCAAAUAUAUGCCAUUGAGACAAUGUCCCAGUGAUGAUUGUCGUAUAAAUAAAUCUGGUGGUGUGCUAGAUAUGCAAACAAGAGGAUCAAAAUUUGUAAAAUUUCAAGAACUAAAAAUACAAGAACAUAGUGAUCAAGUUCCUGUGGGUCAUAUUCCAAGAACAUUGACAAUAUAUUGUAGAGGUGAAACAACAAGAAAAUGUUUACCUGGAGAUCACGUACUAAUUACCGGUAUUUUUUUACCUAUUAUAAAAUCUGGUUUUAGUGUUCGAGUGGGUGCAGCUCUUCUAAAUGAAACAUAUAUAGACGCACAUAGAAUUGUUUGUCUCACUAAUUCUCAAACCGCUGAUGACAGCAAUGCGCUUUUAACGGACGAAGAAUUAUCAUUGUUAGUAGAGGAUGAUUUUUAUGGUAAAUUGGCUCGUUCUAUCGCUCCAGAAAUUUAUGGGCUUGAGGAUGUUAAAAAAGCACUGUUAUUACUGCUAGUUGGUGGUACAGACAAACACAGAGAGGAUAUUAAAAUUAGAGGUAAUAUUAAUAUUUGUUUAAUGGGUGAUCCUGGAGUUGCCAAAUCUCAGUUACUUUCGUUUAUAACGAGAUUAGCUCCCCGAUCUCAAUAUACAACCGGUAGAGGAUCUUCUGGAGUAGGUUUAACUGCUUCGGUUAUGAAAGAUACUUUAACUGGUCAAAUGAUGCUCGAAGGAGGAGCUUUGGUACUAGCUGAUGAAGGAGUUUGUUGUAUUGACGAAUUUGACAAGAUGGCAGAUGCUGAUCGGACUGCUAUUCACGAGGUGAUGGAGCAACAAACUAUAUCGAUUGCCAAAGCAGGAAUUACAACUCGUUUGAACGCGAGAGUCUCAAUAUUAGCUGCGGCAAAUCCUGCUUAUGGUAGAUAUAAUCCGAAAAGAACAAUCGAACAAAAUGUUCAGUUACCUGCUGCUUUAUUAUCACGGUUUGAUUUAUUAUGGUUAAUUCAGGAUCGAGCAGAUCGUAGCAAUGAUUUAAAAAUGGCUCAACACAUAACUUAUGUUCAUCAACAUUGUAUACAACCACCGACGGAAACGCAGGCUUUGGAUAUGAACUUGAUUAGAAAGUAUAUCACUUUGUGUAAAACAAAACAGCCUGUUAUUCCAGAAGAAUUAACUGAUUAUAUCGUUGAAUCCUACGUGGAAAUGAGAAAAGCAGCUCGCAAUAGCCAGGAUAAAACUUUUACGUCUGCACGUAAUUUGUUGGCUCUAUUACGUUUGUCGACUGCACUGGCACGUUUAAGAUUAUCAAAUGUUGUCGAAAAGGCAGAUGUUGUUGAGGCAAAUAGAUUGAUAGAAAUGUCGAAGCAUUCUAUUAAUUAUUCUGAGACAUUAGCAACGAAUGUCCAGCAAAACCCGAUGAAUCGAAUUUUCCAUCUUAUUAGAGAACUGGCAAGUGAUAAAAAAACUGUUAAAGUAUCGGACAUAUUGGAACGGUGUACAAGCAAAGGAUUUAAACCCGAUCAAAUUAACGACUGUAUCGAAGAAUAUGAAGCAUUGAAUGUGUGGCAACGCGGUCUUUUCGAAGAACCAAAAAGAAAGGGGAAGCCGUCGCGUCUCGUUUCGCGGUUGAUGACUCUUCGAACGAUUGCAUCGUACCGAAUACGCGACGACGAAGACGACGAAGACGACGACGACGACGACAACGACAACGACGACGACAACGAGGACGACAACGACGACGACAACGAGGACGACAACGAGGACGAGGACAAGGACGACGACGACGACGACGACGAAGAAGAAGACGAAGAAGAAGGAGAAGGAGGAAUUAAAUCGUCUCGCUGCUCGUACCUCGGUGUCCCUUUUUCUCUCUCCUUUUCACGCUCUUGA